CUAAAAUUGCCCCUGAGUUCACUGUAUUUUGCGGUUCUACAAUUCUGUUUCUUGACACUUUUAUCACAUUUAAUUCAACCAAAUUUAAUGCGGAAACCGUAGAGCUCUCUAUCAGUUUCAACCAUUUCAUUGCUAUAACCCUAGACGACCAAUCGUUCAAUCACGCUCUUCGAAACAACGAAGAAAUUCCACUGUCACUGACGAUUGUUCUUCCUUCACUCGAUCGAUCAUCCUAUUUUUUCUGCUACCACGAAACAGAUCGGUCCCAGAUGAUGGUGGUCACCAAACUUCGACUUCGUUUCCUGCUAAAAUUGAUGGUUUUGACGGCCUCUGGUUGAUCGAUUUGAGCAGGUGGAGCCAGAAGUUCGAUUGAUUAUUCGUGUUCAUGGGUGGCGGACUGCAUCAGGUUCAAACAGAAAGAGAAGAGACUAAAACACAACAUCACUGUUUUUAGACUUGGAUUAUCUUCAUGUAUUUUGUACGCUAGACCCUAAAAUCAAUGGUAUAAGUUCUCUAUAGAGAUACGGGUUUAACAAAUCCGAAUGACACAUGGGUGUUGCCAUACCUUCAGUUUAUUGUUGUAGAAAUUCGGUUCCAAUGUAUGUUAAAGUCUCUGCAGUUCACGUCUUCAUCUUUUUUGAUUCGCCUGCAAUUUAAGUACUACUACUGUAUCUUCUUCGGUUGAAGGAUCCAAUGGCCAGAAUUAAAGCGGAAGUUACAGAGUUUUGUUGCUGAUCAAAUCACUGAUUCUGAUACGACGUCAUCAUUUACGACUUGAUCUGCGGUCUAAACUCUACUUUCUGUGUAUGAAUGAAUAAUAAUCUUCGAUUUAUUCGGUUGUUAUUUGCAUAUAUGACUUGUUUAUUUCUUGUUUGACGAUAUCCAGAUGAUUGUUAUUCUUUUUUUAUUAUAUUACGUUUAGUUGUUUAAUAAUUGUUUUUUUUUGUAUUACGUUUAAUAAUUGUUUUUUGUAUUACGUUUGACACGACGAUGGCUAUGGAUUCCGGCAAUGGAAGAUGACAAGACAUCUUCUCGAGUUCUCGGUCCAAUGGUCUAUCUUAAUCUCUCUUUUCCAGUUCUUGGAUGCGUUUAUUAGUUGAAAAUUUACAUCUUUUGGAUGGUUUGGAAACAGAGGACAGGGCCGAAUCACAUUGAUAUAAUCAUUGUUACCAACCCGCCCAUUCUACCACUUCUAUUUCCUUUGCAAUUUCCGUGCACGUUUGAGAAUACGUCACUUAUCUACUCAACCAUUGUUAGGUCUUCAACUUGACCCACUCUCAAACACGGAUAAAAUGGAAUCCGUGUAUUCAACAACUAAAUGUGGUCUUCUAGAGGAUUUGAAAAUCCCGACGCAAUGUCUUCUGAUAGAAAGCUGAUGAAUAAUAGCUCCAUGGUAUUCAGAGACACGAGCCUCUGAUCCAACAACCGGGCUUAAUCCUCAAAUGGUAAAUGAUAAUACUGCGUAUUCUUCGGAAGAACAGGAACACCUUGCACGCUUGAAAGCUCAAAAGGAGGAAAUCCAGUAUCUUGGACAACAAAUUACCUUAGCAAGUGUCAGGGAACGGCAAUUAUUGAACGAAAAAUACACGUUGGAAAAGAAGUUUUCUGAGCUACGGCUGGUUUGUCCAACCGUUGCUUCAUCAACAGUGGUUGCUAAAACGGUUGCUAUGGAUUCAAACCGGUUGAAACUGCUUGUUUUGGAAUCUGAUAAGAUGGAAGCCUCGGCCAAACAUUUACCGAUCAAGAAAAGGAGAAUCGUAUUCAUGGAUUCGUCACCGUCGCUUAACAACGCUUCAUCCUCACAAGGGACUGAAAGUGUUGCGCAAGAUGCUAAUGCGAAAGCAGACGUGAAUUGCCUGCCUGCUGCAUCGUUGACGGUUGCUGACUUGCAUCAAAGUGAGAGUAAUGAUAGUAAACUGGAUGUACACAAGUGUGUGACGUAUAGUAGGAAACGUAAUGACCUUGAAGAUAUAAGUGGCACAUCUAUAGCGAGAAUAUGUCUACUAAUGAAACUGCCAUCAAUAUGUUAACGGUUGCUGAAUCCAGGUUCAUAUUUAAAAAAAAAUAUAUUCACUGCCAAUAAGUUUUGAUUCAAACAAGCUGCUGUGUAUACAUGUUAACAGCUGCUGAAUCCAGGUUCACAUCUUUCAGUAUCCAGCUGCUGUGAAUACAUGUUUACGUCCUUUUUUAUGAAUGCUAAUAAGUUUUGAUUCAAA